CCAACGGGUGGUUUAAAAAGCUCGGGCUGAGGAGGAGCCGCUCACAAAUCUGAGGAGCUCUGCACCGGGAAAAGUUUACCUCCAAGUACCACAGACCACCCAAAGGAGGGAGAACCCGCAGAGAUGGCAACUCAGGCGGAGCAGCUGCCCCACUUGCACCUGGCCGAGCUCACCGCGGCGCAGUUCAUCGACAUCUGGAAACAUUUUGACACAGACGGAAACGGCUACAUAGAGGGGAAGGAGCUGGAGAGCUUCUUCACAGAGCUGGAGACUGCGAGGCGAGGAGCCGGUGUGGAUCCCUCACAUGCUUUGUUCAAGGAGAAGUUGAAGGAGUUCAUGGCAAACUUUGACAAGAAUUCUGAUGGUAGAAUUGAGAUGUCUGAACUGGUCCAGAUUCUGCCGACGGAGGAGAACUUCCUGAUCUGUUUCAGAGAGUUUGUGAGAUCCAGUGCUGAAUUCAUGGAUGCUUGGCGGAGAUAUGACACUGAUCGUAGCGGAUACAUCGAGUCCAACGAGCUGAAGGGUUUCCUGUCAGACCUGCUGAAGAAGGCCAACAGAGACUACGAUGACAAGAAGCUCAACGAGUACACACAGACAAUCCUGAGGAUGUUUGACCUGAAUGGUGACGGUAAGCUGGGCCUCUCUGAGAUGGCGAGGCUUCUGCCGGUCCAGGAGAACUUCCUGCUCAAAUUUCAGGGCAUCAGACUCACCGUCAAGGAGUUUGACUCUCUCUUCACUUUCUAUGACAAGGACGGUAACGGCUACAUUGAUGAGCAGGAGCUGGAUGCUCUGCUGAAGGACCUCUGUGACAAGAACAAAAUGGACUUGGACUCAACCGGGCUGGUGGACUACAAAAAGAGCAUCAUGGCUCUGGCUGACAGGGGGAAGCUGUACCGCACUGAGAUGGAGAUCGUCCUGUGCCGGGACUCCACGCUGUGACCCGCUCGCCUGCCUCCCUGCCUCCCGCCUGCCUGCCUGCCCGGCUGCCUGCCUGCCCGGGACCCUCCUGUCUUCCUGCACUGCUUCCUCCUUCCUACCUCUCAAUGUAGCCUGGUGCAUGUGUGACCAGAAACAGUGCGCCUGAAAGCACAGAAAAUACCUGCUGACUUUUCUUUUCUUCAUCAAAGUACAGCUGUUUAUCGAGAUUUAAAUGGCAAGUGAGGAAUCUUGUGUAUUAUGCAUUUGUAUCUUUAACUCAAUCACAUAUGUUCCCUGUAGUUUUAGAGGAGGAACUCUGUUCUGUUGGCAUCUCAUUGUUUUUGUUUAUUUCAGGUUAUUUUCUUAUAAUGUUCUUGUUUUGUUUCACGAGGCUGGUACUGUUCUAUGGAAAUAUACAAAUGAGAGAAUAAAUAAAUGCAACAUAAAUACAGAA